AUGGCGGACGGCGAGGCCAGGGGGCGCACGCUCGGCGCCGUCAUCAAGGAGAAGGAUGAGGAGCUUGCGCUCUUCCUCGAGAUGCGCCGACGCGAGAAGGAGCGCGGCGCUGCGGCCGCGGCGGCCGCGGCGGCAGACCAGCUCCUGCUCUCCGGGGACGUCGCGGCGGGGGACGGUAUGCUGCUCCUCGACCCGCCGCCACCACCCGCCGAGCCCAAACCGGCAGCGUACAAGGUGGCUGGCGGCGGAUUUAGGAGGGCGCCUGGCGGAGCAGACGACUUCCUCAAUGCAGACGCCGGCGACAAGAACGAUUACGACUGGCUUCUGACACCACCAGGAACUCCACUAUUCCCAUCUCUAGAAGUUGAGUCGAAAAGGUCUCCGGUGAGCCAAGCUGGAAUGCCAAAGGCUCGUCCAACUGCCUUAAAAUCUAGGUUGUCCAAUCAUCCAGAUCCUCCAUCAAGAACCAACCUCCCAUUAAGAACAGCAUCAUCAAACAGCUUGAACUCAGUUGCUACAACCCGCCGACCAUCAUCGUCUGGAGGGCUUACUUCAAAUUCAUCAAGGCCUUCAACACCAACUGGACGCGCUGCAUUGACAGCUAGUUCCAAAGGUUCAAGACCUUCGACCCCCACUUCCCGGACAACUGUUCCUGCCAAAACUGGAGCUUCUGCGCCAAGAUCAUCAACACCGACUUCUAGAUCAACACUUCCUUCAGCCAGGUCAACAACCCCUUCAAGCAGGGCAGUUGGCCCUGCUAGCAGGACUUCAGCUCCUUCAGGCAGAGCAUCUGCGCCUGCUAGUAGGUCAUCAACACCUACUUCAAGGUCAUCAAUACCUGCUACCAGGUCAACAACACCAUCAUCCAGACCCUCCAUACCAACGCAAAGCAAGCCUACAUCAAGGGCAUCAACCCCAACAAGGCGACCUUCUGCCCCUUCGGCCCAGCAUGGUAACUUGGCUGCACCAGUUAGAUCGUCCUCAAUCUCCAAACCAGGUUCUACAAUGCCCAAAGGUUCUUCACCAGCGAAAACGGCAGCACCAACACCUUCAAGAGGCAGCUCUCCUACUGUCAAAUCAAGGCCAUGGAAACCAUCUGAAAUGCCUGGUUUCUCUCUUGAUGCGCCUCCAAACCUAAGGACAUCGCUACCAGAAAGACCAACCUCUGCCACUAGGGGCAGACCUGGGGCACCUAGUUCUAGAUCUUGCUCUGUUGAGAGUGGGCCAGCGGGUCGACCAAGACGGCAGUCUUGCUCUCCCUCCAGAGGAAGGACUUUAAGUGGCAGCGUGCCUUCAGGGAGCUCCAUGCCAGCAGUGAGAAGAUCACAUCUCAAUGGAGGUGACAGUGUGAAUCCAGUUCAAAUGGGUAAUAAGAUGGUUGAAAGGGUUGUGAACAUGAGAAGGCUAGUUCCUCCAAAGCAUGAUGAUCAAAGAUCCAGCCUCAACAGUCUAUCUGGUAAAUCUUCAAAUUCUCCAGAUAGCUCGGGCUUUGGUAGAACUUUGUCGAAAAAAUCACUGGAUAUGGCACUUCGGCAUAUGGACAUAAGGCGCAGCAUUCCAAACAAUUUACGGCCUCUUAUGACAAGCAUCCCUGCAUCAUCUGUUCAUAGUGCACGUUCAGGAUCCACACGGAGCAGACCAAUAAGUGUUUCAGACUCACCGCUCGCAACAAGCAGCAAUGCUAGCUCCGAGCCGAGUGUCAACAACAACCUGAUGUGCCUGGACAGUAUUGAUAUUGAUGAUGAGUUGUGCAGCGAUAGAGCAGGACCAUAUGGACAGUGA